AUGGCUAAGAAUAAUAACAAUAAUAAGGAUAGUAGUAAUCCACGAAAACCAAUUACGCAGGAUGAACGUUUCAAGUCGGUUCAUAAUGAUCCCAGAUUCAAAAUGCCCAAGUUAAAGAACUUGAGAGUUAAAGUUGACGAUAGAUUCAGUAAAGAUGAGUUGAAAAAAUUGAAUGCUGGUGCAUUAGGGAAGAAAGUUAAAAUUGACAGAUAUGGUAGAAAGAUCAAGAAAGAAUCCGAUGACUUGAGUAAAUUUUACGAACAUGAAGAAGAUAGUAAAGAAGAACAAUCGAGUGAUGACUCCAGUGAAGGUGAAGAAUCAGAUAAUGAUUUACAAGCACUCACAGAAAAGUUGCAACAAGAGGAACAGUUUUUAGACAGAGCAAGAGGAGAAGGGUUAGUGAGCUCUUCUGAAGAUGAAGAAUCCUCUUUAUCAUCAUCAGAUUCUGACUCUGAUGAGGAGAAUGAAGGAGUAGUCGAAGACGAAGAAGAAUCAGAUAUUGAGAUUGAGGAAACCAAACCUGAAGACACAGAGCCAACAUGUGCCUUUGCCGUUGUAAAUAUGGACUGGGACAACAUCAGAGCUGUUGAUUUGAUGGCCACUUUUGUGUCAUUUGUUCCGAAAGGUGGUGCUAUAAAAUCUGUCACAAUAUAUCCUUCCGAAUUUGGUAAAGAGCGAAUGCAGAAGGAAGAGAUCGAAGGUCCACCAAGGGAAUUAUUCAAAAGUAAGAAAAAAAAGGAAGAGGACUCUGAUUCUGAAGACAUAGAAUCAGACGUUGAUGUGAAUGACGCUGACAAUUUGGCAAAAAUAACUCGGAAGUUAUACGAAGAAGAUGACGGAAAAGAAGAUUACGAUAGCAAGGCAUUGCGUCGUUAUCAAUUGCAAAGGUUGAGAUAUUAUUAUGCAGUGGUUAAGUGUGACUCGGUUGAAACUGCUAGACUGAUUUAUCAAAAUUGUGAUGGUACUGAAUACGAGUCAACAGCAAAUAUUUUUGAUUUGAGAUAUGUUCCAGAUGAUAUGGAGUUUGAUGAUGACGAAGCUAAGGAUACCUGCUCCAAGAUUCCCUCUUCAUACAGACCAGACUCAACGUUUGUAACUGAUGCAUUGCAGCAUUCAAAAGUUAAAUUGACUUGGGAUGAAACACCUAAAGAAAGACUCACUUUGUCUUCUAGACCAUUGUCACAGAAAGAAAUAGAGGAGAAUGAUUUCAAGGCAUAUUUGGCUAGUGAUAGUGACGAAAGCGAAGUGGAAAAGGAUAGUUCAAUAAAAGAUAAAUACCAAAGUUUAUUAGGAAAUACCCUCACUAAAUUUGGCAAAGAAGAAAAUGAUGAUGAUGUGGAUAUGGAAAUUACUUUUGAUCCCGGUUUGAAUGACAAACUGGGCAAUAAUGCCGAAGAAGAAGAUAAGGAGGAGACAACAAUUGAAGCAUACCGAAGAAAGGAAAAAGAGCGUCGUCAAAAGAGAUUAGCCAAAUUUAAGGAGUCUAAACAAACUGAAGAAGUUGCAAAUUCACAAGAAGGCUCAGCUGAUAAGAGUUCUAAAAACAGAAAGAAUUCCAAGAAAGGUAAAUCUAUGCCAGAUAUGGACGAAAAAUCCAAGGCUGAAUUAGAGUUGAUUUUGAUGGAUAACCAAGAGGGAAACAACAAUGAACAUUUCAGCAUGAAAGAAGUCAUCAAGUCAGAAAAGGACAAGAAAAAUAAAAAGAACAAAAAAGGUAAAAAGAUUGAUCAAGAAAUGGUACAGGAUGGGUUUGUGGCGAACCUUGAUGAUCCUCGUUUUAAGGAAGUUUUUGAAAGCCAUGAUUAUGCUAUUGACCCUACCAACAGUGAGUUCAAAAAAACCGAAACAAUGAAGAAGAUUUUGAAGGAACGUUCUGCCAGAAAUAAGGAUAAGAAAAACAAGAAGAAUAGUAGUAAAAAUGCCACCAAGAAUUCAAAACGUAGUAGAUCGGAAUUAGAAUCUAAUGAUAAUGUUCACUCACUUGCAGAAAAGAUCAAAAAAAGAAACAAAAGCAAGUAA